AAGAUAUGUGUUGUAAGUUCUCAUCCAAGUCUCUCUCAUAAUCAUCUCCAAGCCCAGAUUUAACUCAUUUCUAACAUAGUCAUUCCAACAGAUCCGAAAUUUGCAAGAAAUAUGGAUUCGUCGCCUGCCAACCCAGAAACAACAAGACUCGUAAGUCCUUUGUUUCCUUUUCUACUCCGAUCAAAUCCCUCAUCUUCUAGACUCAAAAGGGCUCACAUCACCACAUUCAAUACCCAAGAAGACUUUGCACACUGAGAAGUCUCAUUUUAGACCUGCCGUUGCAAUACUCUCAAUGUCUAUUACAAGUGUGAAUUUUGGGAAGUCUCAUCUCACCAACUCAUCAUAUCAAACUUUUCCAAUGUCCAACGCAGAUUCAAACAUACAAGCUCAAAUUUAACCCAACCCACAACAGAAGUUAGCAUUCUUUGAUGUCGGCUACAAACCCGAGCCACCCCUCGUCAACUUCUACCGCUGGUUUGUUCUCCACAGCAUCCAUAAACGUUCUUUCAAAAACGGUGCCUUCCAAAAAGACAUUCCCUGGUUCAUUUCUGGUCCUUCCGCAUGGAGAAUCGAAAAAAUCCUUUUCGGCAUUUGUGAUUCGACUCUAAUUACCGAUGAUGAAAGAGCUAUUCUCCUUGAAUUCCUGACGGAAUAUCAUCAACAACUUGCAGACGAAAAGACCGAUCUAUCCUCUGGUUUUAAGACUAUUCCAUCAUGGGUGCGAGUUAAGCGGAUGUUUGACAUGAAUGACCCUAAUCACAUUGCUGGAGUAGCAUGGUUUGAGGAAUCAAGUCGCCACGGUUGGGCCAUUGAUAUGAAUAUCAAGAAGCCUGACGAGGAAGUGACAUUGGACACUUCCAAGGAAUCUGAAAAGAUAGUCGCAACGGCCGAUGUCCUAGACGUCGACUCUGAUGAAGAAAUUAUGGAUUAUGCGGAAAUUAUGCCCCAAGAAGAGAGACACCAAAACAUGGAAAUGUUCAAAGGGGUAUGCUCGGUGCGCUCUAAGAAGGUGGAUCGUGCCAAUCAAAAGGGGACAAAGAGAGUUGUUUCCGGUACGGCUACUCGUUCAACUAGCCCUACAAAAAAGUGCAAGGCAGGCCUUCGCGUUCCAGUUAUCAAGGCUCAAGGUACGUAGAUAUUUCGAUACAUUAUGUAUCUAAUGCUAAUUCAAUUAGGUGGCUAUCGACGUGAUUCCGGUGUAGAGAUUGAUUUUUAGUACGAUCAGGCUGGUUUAUAGCUAUAGGUCAUGGUUACUUCAUUAUUAUUCAAAGGGAAAGAAAGCUUUUUAUGGUGAAACAUUGGAUGUCAUUCGUUAGAGUAGUGGUAAUACAAAUACAAG